AUGGCGGCCGCGAUGUGGUACCAGUCGCGUCCCGCGAAGCCGGCAAGUGGCCCGAGCGGGGCGACCUCCGAGGCGGAUCGAGCCGCCGAGGAGCUCGGCCUGGACCCCGAGAGGCUCCGCCACGCCCGGGAGUGGGCGGGCAAGCUGCGGGGGGCGGGGAAGCUGCCGGGGGUGGUGCUCGCCGUGGCGCGUCGCGGCAGGGUGGUGUUCCACGAGGCCUACGGCGACGGGUGUGCGAAGGACGGCAUCGUCUCAGUCGCAGCGAUGCCGGUGCUGGCAGCGACGUUCCUGUCGCUCGUGGACGAGGGGCUCGCCAGCGUCCACGACGACGUCGCCAGGUACAUCCCAGCGUUCUCCGACUUCCGGGUGCACCGGUCCGGCAGCAGCGCAGAGACGCUGCAGACCGACGCGCUCGCGAGGCCGAUAACGAUGUUUCACCUCCUGACCCAGACGUGGGGGUUCCCAGGCACGCUCCCCUCUCGCAGCUCCCGCCCGGAGCUGCGGUUCCUCGACGGCCUGGCCGCGGCGGCGCCGGCCAGGCCCGGGCGCGACGCGGACUUCGCGCGGCUCGCCCGGGUCCCGCUCAUGCUCGGAGCCCGGCGAGCGGUACCGGGCCGGGCCCGCCGCCGCGGUGGUCGCCCACGUGAUCGGCAAGAUCACGGGCAGGCCGCUGACGGAGGCCGUCCGGGAGCGCGUGACGGGGCCGCUGGGCAUGGCCGACACCGGCUGGGCGGUCCCGCCCGCGGCGCGGCACCGGGCCGCCGCGGCCUGGCGGGCCGCGCCCUGGCUCACGCACCGCCUCUGGGGCACCCGCCUCACCGGGGAGCAUGCCGGCCACACCUCCUGGCUGGGCUGGGUGGCGAGGCCCGACGCGCCGGCCGCGGCCGAGGCCCCCGGCGAUGUCCAGGACGUGGAUCGCCUGCGCAGCACCGCGCUCGACCAGCUCAGCCUCCACGGCAUGCUGCUGCGCGGCGGCGUGUCCGAGGCGGGGGCGCGGGGGUGCUCUCAUGCAGCAGCGCGGCACUCAUGUGCUCCGACCAGCUGCCGGCCCUGGGCCGCAGCCUGGCGGACGCCGGGUUCAACACGCACGCCGGGGACGCGGGGAACUCUCCCGGGGCGCGGCUUCCGCAGCUCGGCGCUGGGGCCAGUGGCCAAGGCGAGGACAAAUACCGAUACCGCUGCCCUUCCCCCGUCGCCGCCGGUGCUGGAUUCGCAGGGCAAUCCUGGUCACAGUGCGCCCCGGCAGCGGUCCUCGGAGCCGCGGUCUCGGUUGUUGUUGCUGCCCCCCCACCACGAGGGCUGGCGCUCGGCAUGCAGGUGGUCUCCCGACCCGCGGCGUCCCGGAUGGCGGGGGGCAGGGGCGCCUUCUCGUCGUGGAGCGCGCGCGGCUCCCACUGCUGGGCCGACCCCGCCCUCGACCUGUGCGUCUUCGUGGGGGCCGAGCUCAGCCCCGCCUGGGCGCUGCCCGACCUGCAGCAGGAGGUCGCCGGGCUCGUGUACGGCGCCCUGGUGCCCACCGCGGCCGCGAAGCACCUCGUGAGCGGGGAGGCCGAGGCCGGCGGCUGGGCCGGCCAGCUCGCCAACGCGGUGCUCAUGAUGUCGAUGCUCGGCGGCGGGGGCCUCGCGGCGGGCAUGCCCGGGGGCGCCGCGGCGCCCGGCGGCGGCGGCCCCGCGGAUGCGGCUGCCGCGGGGCGAGAGGCCACGGCCGCGCGAGGUCUGGGGCUGUGUGCUGCUGCCGGGGCGAGUGGCGUACACGGCGGAGCGGUCCCGUGCGCGCGCCGGUGGUCCUCCUCGGACAGGAGGACCUGCAGGACGCCGAGAAGACCAGGGCGCUGGUGCGCAGGCUGCUGGCGGCUGCGAGCGGGCCGCCCGAGGUCGAAGACCAGCGCUGCGCCC